ACCAGCACCCCGCCCGGCGCAGCACCAUGCCUGUCUGCCGCCCCGGCCUGCACGCCGUCCCCCUCCUCCUCGGCCUGCUGCUGCUCGGCCUCUCCCCUGUCCCAGGUGGGCGUCUUCCGGGACUAGGGCUCCUGGCCCCACUGACCGUCGGCCUCCCAGGCAGAGAAGCGGAGAAAACGGGCGUGUGCCCCCAGCUGCAGGCGGACCAGAACUGUACGCAGGAGUGCCAAUCGGACGCCCAAUGCGCCGACAACCUCAAGUGCUGCCAGGCCGGCUGCGCCACCAUCUGCCACCUGCCCGACGAAAAGCAAGGUUCCUGCCCCCACGUGAACACUGACUUCCCCCAGCUCGGCCUCUGCCAGGACCAGUGCAAGGUGGACAGCCAGUGUCCUGGCCUGUUGAAAUGCUGCUACAAUGGUUGCGGGAAGGUGUCCUGCAUCACUCCCGUCUUCUGAGGUGUGAAGCAGAAGAGGUGAGUCCAGGACCUGCAGAGAAGUGCAGGCAGAGCCCCAGGGCCUCAGGAAGGUGAGGCUUUGCUGUGCAUGUGUGUUGGAAGGGGGGAGUCGGGGGGGUUUGGUCCAGAAUUUAAGCUCUGUCUUCUUGUCUAGUAUUUUGCGUAUUGCUGUUGAUGUAUUAUUAUGGUUUUCUUCCUCCAGCUCUAGCCACCACCACCCGAGGAGUGGGGGAGUGGAAGUUUCUGCCCGGCCCUGCC